GCCAUAUUGCUAGCUACGAAAUCAAAGCAGUCUCUGGGCGUAAGAUGGUGCAUCAAGACCAAAACAUUGUUUUUGUUUAGCUUACUACUUAUUUACAUAUUUGCGUUAAAUAGUUGCUCUAUUUUGUUAAUAUUUCUGCAGUUUUCACAAUCCAAUGUAGGGUCCCGUGUUGAGGUCUAGCAAUAGCUACUCCGGCUGGAAGUUGGCACCCCGAUGGAAAAGUCUGGCUAGCCUGUUAGCUAGCCUAGCUAACUCACGCAACACUGAAUCGUUAAGUUUGAGUGAAUGGACAGACCAGAACCCAGUGUUUGAUCAUCUGCUGAGACGUGAAGUUGGGAAACAGGAACUUAAGUCAGCAUGUCAGUCACGAACACACCGACCAGUAACGACGCUUGCCUCAGCAUUGUGCACAGUCUAAUGUGUCACAGGCAAGGCGGCGAAAGCGAGACUUUCGCUAAACGGGCAAUUGAAAGCCUGGUGAAAAAGCUUAAGGAGAAAAAGGAUGAGCUUGACUCUCUCAUCACCGCUAUUACCACAAACGGGGCCCAUCCCAGCAAGUGUGUAACCAUCCAGCGGACUCUGGACGGCCGGCUUCAGGUGGCUGGGAGAAAGGGCUUCCCUCAUGUGAUAUAUGCACGACUGUGGCGAUGGCCGGACCUCCACAAGAACGAGCUAAAGCACGUCAAGUACUGCCAGUUCGCCUUUGACCUGAAGUGCGACAGCGUCUGCGUGAACCCUUACCAUUAUGAGCGGGUGGUGUCCCCAGGGAUCGACUUGUCUGGACUCACACUGUCAGGUUCUGGUCCCCCUGGCCUCAUGGUCAAAGAUGAGUAUGACUACGAUUGCCCGUCAUCUUUACCCAGCUCCGAGGGCCACGUCCAGACCAUCCAGCACCCUCCUUCUAGACCUGUGGCCCAAGAGACCUUCAGCAGCCCUGCCCUGCUCCCGCCACCAGAGGGCAGCAACUCGGCCUCCGCGUUCUCCGGCAUUGCGGUGGGAUCUACAACUCAGACCAGUAGCCUUCUCUCAGGGAGCCAUAGCAGUGAGGGUCUGCUCCAGAUUGCAGCAGGGGGAGGGCAGGGCACACAGCAGAAUGGCUUUCCCCCAGGCCAGCCCUCCACUUACCAUCACAAUGCCACGCCCACCUGGACGAGGAACAGCAGUUUCACGCCAGCCGUACCUCACCAUCAGAACGGCCACCUCCAGCACCACCCUCCGAUGCACCACCCAGGACACUACUGGCCUGUGCACAGCGACAUGACUUUUCAGCCACCCAUUUCCAACCACCCGGCUCCUGAGUACUGGUGCUCCAUCGCCUACUUCGAGAUGGAUGUGCAGGUCGGGGAGACUUUUAAGGUCCCCUCAAACUGCCCCGUGGUGACCGUGGACGGCUAUGUGGACCCGUCCGGAGGCGACCGCUUCUGCCUGGGCCAGCUGAGCAACGUGCACCGGACGGACGCUAUCGAGAGAGCGAGGCUCCACAUCGGUAAGGGCGUACAGCUGGAGUGCCGUGGUGAGGGCGACGUGUGGGUGCGUUGCCUUAGUGACCAUGCAGUCUUCGUGCAAAGCUACUACCUGGACCGGGAGGCGGGCCGCGCCCCCGGCGAUGCCGUGCACAAGAUCUACCCUAGCGCGUACAUCAAGGUGUUCGAUCUGCGACAGUGUCACCGGCAGAUGCAGCAGCAGGCGGCGACAGCGCAGGCAGCCGCAGCAGCACAGGCUGCUGCCGUGGCCGGAAACAUCCCCGGCCCCGGUUCCGUGGGGGGUAUCGCGCCCGCGAUCAGCUUGUCGGCAGCUGCCGGCAUCGGCGUAGACGACCUGCGUCGCCUGUGCAUCCUGCGAAUGAGCUUCGUGAAGGGCUGGGGGCCCGACUACCCCAGGCAGAGCAUUAAAGAGACGCCGUGCUGGAUCGAGAUCCACCUGCACCGGGCGCUGCAGCUCCUGGACGAGGUGCUGCACACCAUGCCCAUUGCUGACCCCCAGCCCCUGGACUGAGCGUGCAUCACCCCCACCCCCACCCCCACCCAACUGAACUGAGGGCGCUAGUGUUCGUCAUUUGUUUUUGUUUUUCAAAUCUUCUCUUUCCCCAGUCCAGUGCAGUCAGACAGCCUAAUGCCGUGAGCGGCAGGUGCACGAGCCCUAGUUUGUAGGAGUGUGACCUCGUUAAAAACCACCCAGCUUCUUUAUAGAAGAGCACUGGCAGGUCGCUGCUCGAUUGCGUUGAAACGACAAAUUAUUAGUUUGUAAUAAUUUCGUUUUCCCCAUUUGAUGACUGUAUUACGUGACCUUGUUCCUCUUGUGAGUACGCGAGGAGGGUGUGAGAACCUGUGAUAUGUCAAGUGAGGAGUCUACAGUGCAGUGCAGCGGUCUAUGCAGUGGAGACGUUUGUGGUUUGUGUUUUUCAGCUCUUCACAUGCAGAUGUUGGGAUGAAUGAGAGAGGAUCCAAGUGAUGCUGUGUCUUUACAUGGAUUUAUGUAUUUUUCCCAGACAUUUUGGGUGUUCGUUCAGUUGGCCUUACUCCGUGUCUUGGAACCCCUCCCCUCCACAGUGUUCAGGGACAAGUUUUAAGCCAACAGAUAAUCAGUGCUAUACAGGGCAGUGUUUUAUGAUUUACAUUAAUGACUUCUUAGUCAGCCAUAAAGUUACUGACAUGUGUGUUAAUAGAAUCACUUGUGCUGGAACAAGGCCCAUGUUGGUCCUUUUCUUCUAAAGCUACCUGCGGUUUCAGACUACGGGGCCAGAACUGUUGAAGUCCUGUUCUGCCUAAGUCUGCACAAAUGGUUAAAACGUUUGCUCAGUAGGAGACAGUUAAGAACCGAGUAAGCCUUUAGCAUAUCUGACAAAUCAUGUAGCGUUGACUUUUUUUCAGGUGGCAGUACAAUAAGACUAAAUGGUUUCCCAUCAUUGCCUUGCUCAUUAAGAUGCAGAGUGGUCAAGACGGGCAGUGUGAGUUCAACUUCAGUUGGAUAGGCAAUAAAAAAAAAAUCCUCAGUUGUUUUUCUUGUAGUUAAAUGCAAUUAUAGCUUAUUAUAGCACUUUAUCAACACCUCAACCAGUCCCUCUCCAUAUGAUACAUGAUUCAUCAAUUAGCAUAACCAGACCUCACCCAUAGCAGGUUCCCUAAACUUGGGUGGCAGGGCUAUUAAAACAUUGCUGGGUUCAUCUGUUCUUCUUCCUCCAUUGCUGAUCUCUGAUGUGUUUGUUUUAAAUGUCAUACCCAUAACAGUCAUUUGUAUGUAAAUGCACUUAAAAGGGCUUGUGAUGUUUCUCAGUCUCAUACAUACUUGAUUCCUACUUGGCUUUGAGGCAGAUUACACAGAUACCUCAGUCUGGGGGAACAGUUAAUGUUUUAUAGCUUCGAUUUCUUUUUAAUUCCCUUCUUUCACUGGCAUUGUAAGAUGUUCAGGUUUAUCAGUGAAAGAUGUAAUAAAUUCCAAUAACGUCUUGAUCGGACAUGAACUGGAGCCCAGGACUGUGUUUCUGUGUGAGGACUGAAAGCCAUAUGAAACUACAGGGGAAAGAAAGGUGCCCAUAUUAUCUGGAGCUUGAACAAGUGCUCUUAUGCGUUAAGUACAAGCUGACUGAGGACUCAGACGGUGAGUAUUUGGACAAUCCCAGCAACGUGGUCUGUACUACAGUCGAUUUACAAUGGCUUGCUUUCUUUUUGCUACUUUUACAAUGUGCAGCCUGUGAAAUCAACUAUUUGUAUGGAAAGAAAAUUCAAUUUAAAUAGCAACACAAACUUGAUCUUUUGUUCUUUUGUAGUAAUUAUCCGUUUUGGCAAUUAAUUGAAAUAUAUUUGAAAGUAGGCUGUUCAGUGAGUUUUGCCAUCUUGUGAAUUUUUGGGCCAUUACAUAUUCAGAAGCAUCAUGAUCGUACCUCAGGGUCAGAGUUCUAGGUCAGUAAACAGGAGGCUCUAAUAACAUCUGGUUGUGGUGUCUGACUGAGGGCCACUUGGGUUAAAAUGACAUGCUUAAGUGUGCGUGCGUGCAUAUGUAUGUUUAGCUCCUGUUCAAAAAGUGGGGAGUUAAGAUUAUCAUACCUAUUAGGAGAUAAUCAGAGGCUGGGUGUUCUGCACAAGCACAAUAAACAAGAUUUAUCCAGAGACAAA